CGUUUGACCCAACGAUGAAUACGGAGCAAGUGGGUGCUGUCAUUCUGAGGUUGGCUAGCUUUUGCCGUCAACUGGGAGGUUUUUGAUUGCCAAUCUGUGGUGAUGUUUUGUUGUUUGAGAACUUGCUUCAAUGGAGAACUUCGCACUCCUGUUGCUGCACAGCGGCCAAGAGAGCCUGAUAUACAGUUGGAUACAGCGAAUAUGGGUCACGAAGUUGUGAUCGUUAAAAAUGGCAAACGGUUGUGUGGUUCGGGAGGUGCCCUAGCGACGGCUCCUUUAGUGCAGUCGAAAUCCUACUUUGAAGUGAAGAUCCAACAAAGCGGCAUGUGGGCAGUGGGGAUUGCAACACGCCAAACAGAUCUAAACAAGACCAGAGGCGGCUCAGACAAAGACUCUUGGACUCUUUGCUCGGAUAAUACAAUUCGAAACAACGACCAAACAUUGCUCACCAUCAAAGGUAUUGAACAAUCUACUGCUUCAAUAAUUACUGAUGAGUCACUCGCCUCUGUCGUUACAACGGAGCCAAUGCAGCAUACCUGCCUUCCAAGUGAAGGUGAUACUAUUGGAAUCGCUUAUGAUCACGUCGAACUGAAUUUCUAUCUAAACGGGAAGAAUCUCGAAGUGCCCGUUCUAAAUAUCAAGGGAACUGUUUACCCAGCCUUAUAUGUUGACGACGGGGCCAUAUUAGAUAUAAUUCUUGAUAACUUCAGCUUUAGUCCGCCCGCAGGAUUCGAUAAGAUUAUGAUCGAGCAAUCUCUCUUAUAAGCUUUUUUCUGUAUUAUAUUGAUGUAUAUCAUUUCCGAAUAUUUAUUACUUAUUAUAAACACCCUGACUGUAACUGGAAGUGUUAGCUAAGUGAAGCGGACAACUUGUAUGUAACUGUAAAUAAGUACGAACGAAUGAUAAAUUAUAUUAGUUUAACACUAAUCUAAGUGGAGAGUAAUAAAUUGAUAAUCAAAGAGA